GAGUGUGUCAUCAUCACUGUCGACCCAAACAAAGAACCGACCCACCUGAGUUUCGAUCUCUCUCUCUCUCUCAACGACCCAGAAAAAGCGGCAAAAUCUAAUUUGCUUUUUGUAUGAAAAGAAAAGGCAAUGACCAAUGAGUAUCAACAACAAGACAUGUACUCCCUUCAGAAAGAAGAGGAGAAAGACUCCUUCGAGCUGGGAUCUGAGGAGCCUGAGGCCCCGUUGCCCCUCACUGUCACUUCUCGGGUGCUGUAUAUGUUGGGGGAUAUAACGGCGGGACCGGCGUAUCGGUUUGCCCAAUGGCUGGAGCUGGUCCGUAAGCGCAGCAGCAAUUACCGCUCUUCUGGAUUCCCUCAUCGGAUCCCCAGAGCCCAUAGCAUGCCAUUAAGCUUAAGCACAACUUUGAGAGUUGGAUUUAGACAGUGUAACAGUCUUCUUCAAAUUUGAGAUUAGUGACUGUGGUUUUCUUUAACCUGAUGUGAGUUGUCUUUCUUGAAAUUUUUUGUUAUGCUGCGCUUGAGUUUAUUGCUAAGAGCUAUAACUAAUUAUGGACCACAGUUUGCAAGUUGUGCUUUUAGAUUUUUAUCUUCUUUGCAAAAGGUGACAGUUAUU